AUGAACAAACAGGAUGGGGAAAACCCUUUCUCGAAUUUCGAAGACGAUGUGGAUCCUAGUGACGAAGUUCAGGAUUGGAGAUUCUUAUCCUCGUUGAAGGGGGACGAUGUGAAUUUCACCAUUCCAAAGCGUGGAUUGAAAGAUUUUGAGCCUGAUGGAACGCAAAAACAGGUUACGGUGCUACAAAAUAGCCAGAAUGCCAUGUUUGACGCUUUGGCAGUUGAACGAUUGAUUCCAGCAAAAACAGUCAUUCAGGCAGUCUGGCGCCCUCAGCAGCAAAAGGCCGAGGUGCUACAUGCCCAUGGCCCUAUGUUCAAGACGAUGGGACAUGCUACGUCGAAUAACUCUGUCUGGCUGCUGCCGGAAGAAACGGUGUAUCUCGUCGAGCGUGGCUCAAUGGAGUGUUGGUGCGAAGAGGGUAUACCUAUGAGUUUACAGCAUGUCUAUGCAGAGGCUAUUGCUGCAUGCGGUGGUCUUGAAUACUAUCACGUUUAUGCUCAUCUACGCCGUUGUGGUUUUACUGUUGUGCGAAGCAAGCAGCCUUCUCCAGAGGACGUGGAAGCGUAUCAGUUAAAGAAGCAAAUGUACGGUCGCUCGUUGCGUACAUUAAUGCUUGACUUGAAGUCCAAACUUCUCAAUUUUUCCUUUGUGGCAUUCCAGCGCCUAUGGUUUUCUCCGUCAAGUAUGAAGAAAAGCAUGCUGCCUGAUCGGACGUACCGCUCGUAUGAACAAAUUUACGAGCAGAUUCAGUUUGUCGCUGGUUACACUCCACAACCUAAAGCGCCUGUAUUACCUGAUCUUCCCUUUCGAAAUGCGUUUGAUGUGUACAAACCAUCAGCUAGUUUUAAAAAAUCCGCACCAGGUGAGCCCGAUUUUACCGUGUGUGUUGUGAAUGCACACACUACAUGUGUACCUACUUUGCAGCAUCUCGAUGCGCUUUUCCGCAGUGUGCCUCUCAAAGAAAGCACUUCAAACAAUCCCAUGCAACGGAUAAAAGAGGGAAGACGACAGAUUAUUAUCGCCAUCGAUGACGGUGGUGUAAUUAGCUACAUGAAGUUUGGCGAUGUAUUCAUGAACGAAAAAAUGUAUUUGCUUAAACCGAAGGAACGUCGCAGAGCAAGACCAAAAGGAAAAGAGACAACGGCCUCAAACCGUGGUAAGGCCUUGGCUGGUACGGAUGAAAAAAAACAGGUUUCCUCUAAACCAGCAGCAAAGCCUACUUCCGUAGGCGCCUAA